AUGUUUGCGAAUGACGUACUGUGUCCUUGGUAUGAUAUCGGGUUGAGUCAGUAUCAGGCAGAACGUCAGGAUACUGAAUUGGAACGAGUCUUUGAUGAGAGACACCACAACAUGUCUCAGGGUGUUGGAAUAGCAACUGAACAUCAUGGGCAGAAGAUUUUCAAGGAACCGGACACUGAGUGGCAAAAGUCUAUCAAGACUAAGAAAAAUGAAGAGGGUUAUUACAGCAAACUGAUGGGUCUUGAAGAAGAACAGCUGCUUAAAGAAGCCAGGUUGAGAGAAUCUAGUCAUCAGUUUGCUAUUCCUGGGGAAAAAAUUGUCAGUAAUUCGGUUGCCAAGGGAAUGGCACAGAAGUAUCAAGAUAAUUUACAACUAAAGAAAUUCACCACCGAAGUUGAUAUCGACUCUGAAAGAAUAAAAGAAAGUGGAAAAUAUCCUCCCAGUCCAACUGAAUCGGCAGUUCACGGCCGUGAAGUUCACAUUGCGAAAUCAAAACAAACCCAGAAAGAGGUGAAAGGCGACACGGAGAUAACCAGAAAAAUUACUGCGACUGAGACAACAGAAGUCGAGCACAAAGCUAAGACUCAUGAGCGCGUAGUUCAAGGUCAAGUUAAACCAGCAGUACCACCUGUGUUUACCAAAAAGAUUCAACCAUGCAGAGCAUUCGAGCAAGAGCAAGCCAAAUUCGAAGUCGAGUUUGAUGGAGAUCCUCUGCCAACUAUCAAGUGGUACCGCGAAGACUUCCCGAUUCAAAAUUCAUCUGACCUUCAAAUCUACACAUUCAGUACCAAGUCAGUGCUGAUUGUCCGCCAAGUGUUUAUGGAGGACUCUGGAGUCUUCUCAGUAGUCGCUGAAAACCGUGGAGGCAAGGCCAAAUGUAGCGCCAAUUUAGUUGUUGAAGAAAGAAGACGUCAGCCUGGAAGAGGUGGAAUUGUUCCACCUAGUUUCUUGACAACUAUUCAAAGUAGUUCUGUGCCAACUGGACAACUUGCCAGAUUUGAUGCUAAAGUCAGCGGUACCAAGCCUCUUGAUGUCUAUUGGCUUAAGGUACGAUCAAUUUCAAUAAAUUUAUCUUUUAAUGCGUGCCUUAAGGACGUUUCUUGGCAAAAAAAAAAAAAAACACCAAUAGGAUAUGGCUUAAGCACGAGCGCAAAAGGAUACUUUAUUGUUAAUGGCAAAAAAAUAACUGCAGACAUCAGGUACAAAACUCUAGAGGAAGAUAACACCUACACGCUUUUAAUUCUGGAAGCGGUUCCAGAAGACACUGGUAAAUACGAGUGCGUAGCAUUAAACAACGCUGGAGAAGCACGUUGCGAAGCUGACUGCAUCGUUCAUGGUGCUGAGUCGCCGUCAUCGCUAAAGCCAUCUAAACCAUCCACCCCAGGAGUUGAAAAAGCACCGACUGUUCUUGAACCACUCAAAGAUCAGACCAUCAAAGAAGGCGCCGCUGUUGCGUUUGCGUGCAAGAUCAAUGGCAAGCCAAUUCCUUCUGUACAAUGGAAGAAAGGAGACAAGAUUAUCAAGCCUUCAAAAUACUUCCAAAUGCAAAAAGAAGGUGACCGCUGUACUCUGAGGAUUUCUGAAGCUUUCCCAGAAGAUGAAGGUGUUUAUAAAUGCACUGCUAAGAAUCCUGUCGGUGAAGUAACUACUUCAGCUAAUCUUCGAAUAAAUUAUAUUAAUCGUUCUUUUUUCUUUAAAAAUUUAGCGCCUGAUAGUACAGAUGUGUUACCCAAAUUAACACCUCUGAAGGAUCAAAUUGUUAUGGAAGGACAGCCAGCUCAAUUUAAAACACAAAUUAGCCCACCAAAACUUAAACCAACUGUCCAAUGGUACCGCGAGGGUGCAUUGAUACCACAAUCUCCAGAUUUUCAGCAAAAAGAACGUAAAAAAAAUAAUAAACUUUUGGAAAAAAAUUCUGACAGAACAAUUUUUAAAUUAAGAUCAAAAUAG